GUGUCUUUGAAUAUGUACUCAGCUAAGGAACAGAAAUCUGCGAAUGUACCAUUAAUGAAGAAGCCUCAGGAGACGCAUAAGGUUUCUUUUCUGAGUAAACUAUUCGUUGGUGGAACUUCAGGUGUAUUGGCUACAUCUAUGGUUUAUCCCCUUGAUAUAGUGAAGACUACAAUGCAGAGACAAGUGGCCGGACAGAAUAUGUUAUACAAGAACCCCUUUCAAGCUUUUAAGGGCAUCGUCGCGUUGGAUGGGGUUCGCGGUCUCUAUCGUGGGGUGGGUGCCAAUUUAAUUGGUGUAUUCCCAGUCCAAGCCUUGAAAUUGGCUGGAAAUGACUUGUUCCGUGAUUUGUUAGCAGACAAGGAUGGUAACGUAUCCUUUAUGUCUGCCAUUCUUGCUGGUGCCGGAGCUGGAACAGUUCAGGUGAUCGCGUCGAAUCCGAUGGAAAUCACCAAGAUUCGUCUGCAAAUCCAGUCUACUCUUCCGAAGGAAGAACAGAAGAACAUAGUUGGAGUUGUACGUGAAUUAGGUGUCAGGGGAUUGUACAAGGGAAGCACGAUUACUCUUAUGCGUGACAUUCCCUAUUUUAUGAUUUUCUUCCCACUGAAUCACUUUUUAGUGGAGAUGUUUACUCCUUCGAAUGGUGUUUGUGGACUCGGAGGCCUUCUCUUAGCCGGUUGUGGUGCUGGCAUGACGUCCGCGUUCUUGAUGACGCCAAUGGAUGUGAUCAAGACGCGUGUGCAGGCUGCGAAGGGAUCAUCGAUGGGAAGCUCGUUUUUGAAAAUGUUUUUGUCUACUCUGAAAUCGGAAGGCGUAACUGCCUUGUUUAAGGGAGCCUCCAUGCGUAUGGCCGUCCAAGCUCCUAUGUUUGCCAUCAUGACUACUGCUUUUGAAUUGCAAAAACGAUACAUUGCAUCUAAGUGAAGAAGGCUACAAGAGGAUUAUUUUGCGAGGUACCCAAGGUAGAUUAAAUU